CGGGGAGAGAAGGGCGUGAGACACGUAGGGGGCGUAGGGGUUAGGUUUGAUGCGGCGAUAUCGUGCGUGUCUCUCGCGCUCAAAGGUAUCGCGCGUCCGCGACGACGACACAUGGAGAGAACGAUGUCGGAGCAACCGGCUUUGCAGACGCAAACGGAAACAAUCUCCCCUGCGGACGUCACCGAUUCCGGGUCGCAGGAUGUACCUACUGUACGAUUACGUCUACGAAAGCCAAAAUCAAAUAAAAAGGUUCAGUGGACUCAAGGGACUGUAGAUAAUGAAAAUUUAAAUAAAAAGAAAUCAAAAUGUUGUUGUAUUUAUGAGAAACCAAAAACUUUUGGUGAAAGUAGUUCCGAAGAUAGUGAUGAUGAAUGUGAACAUUGUCAUGGAGAUAAAGAUUCUCAUAAGAAAGUAUUACCUAAACCUGGUGAUCCUGCGCGAGAAGGAAUGUCUUCACAUCCUGAACCGAUUGCAACAGGAUCAACAUAGUGCGUUUUCAUGCUUACUGACGUUUCCCUAAAUGGAAAACAAAUUCCUUUAUGCUAUUUCUGGAAUCAGUGUGUCAUACCGAAAAAGAUGAUGGAUUGUAGGUAAGUAUAUACACAUACAAUAAUUAAAGAAAUAAAUUUUAUACAACAUUGAUGACACCAUGUUGCGUUGUCGUUUUAGGUACACAAACGAUAACUAUGAUUUUGCACUAGUACAUGUCUUUAUAUUACAGUGCUUUAACAAUACCGCGCAGAUUACAAAAUGUUGUUCAAAUUGUUAAUUGUUAUAUACGGAUCUUGAGAAUAGUACAUUGUCCAACAUUCUUUGGAAAGUAACUUUAUCAUUCCAUAUAUAUAUAUAUUAUAUUUCCAAAUUAAUGUCAUUUUCUUUAUAUGUACUAUUUGUUAUUUACUAUCUAAUAUAGAAAUUUAGAUCAAUUUAGAUUUUAAGUGCUAAGAAAAUACGUGUUGUUACUUUUUGUGACUUACAUUAAUAAUUUAAUUACAAUAAUAUUGGUUCACACAUUUCAUUAUUACCAAAUGAAGUUUAGAAUCAUUUUCUGAUACGCAGGAAGAUGAGGAAUAUGUUAAAAUUUUAUUUUUGUUUGGGAAAUUUAUUAUAUUUAUAAUCUUAUUAUUGAUAUAUACAAGCUCAAAAAAUGAACUAAUGUAUUACAAGUUACGGCAUGUAUUAUCGUAUGUCAUAAUUAUAACUAAUUAUAUCUCAUUACAUACGACAAAGAAAAGAUAAAAGAUACAAAAUAGUGCACAUUUACAUUUAUUCCUUGUUUUCUCUAUCUAUAAGUAGACAAAUAAAAUUUGUAAAUAUUUCAAAUACAUUAUAUAUAAGACAAAAUAAAAUAAAGAUUCGAUAGAUCAUAUUCAUAAAAAGAAACAGAAUUAUCAGAAAAAAAUUAAUAUUCGUUGCACACUUUCAUUAAAAGUUUCAGCUUUUCUUUUUUUUCUUCAAAAAUUAAAACUUUUAAAUCUAGUUCCAUAUACAUAGACUUUAUAGUUAAAUUUCAAGUUGACGAUUUAAAAAUAUAACAUGGAAUAAAAUGGGACAUUUUUUAUCAUUAGGCAGAUCACUAAUCUAAUAUUUAUGAGUUGAAAAUGUUAAAAUAGUUUGAUAAUAAUCUGAGUAAGAAUGAUGUAAUUUUAAAAUCUUUUGUGUUAGAUAUUUUAUAAUUUUGCAUAACAGAUACAUCAACAAUAUUCUUAUGAUAUUUUUAUUCUUUUAACAACUUUCUUAGUAAUUUUUAAUUUUUUUUUUCAAAAUAGAAGUACUCAUCUAAUAAGAUUCUAUAUUGUCAAGAAAUGAAAGUCUGCAUAUCCAUUUACAUAAUUUCAGAUAAUCAAAAAUAUAUUCUCAUCAUAUUAGUGCUUUUACGCAAUAAUAGCAUUCUGGACGAUUUUGUAUAGUAUAACUUAAGUGCAAAAUAUAUCUCUAAGAUCUUGUAAAAAUAAAUGUUUAAAUUGGAAA